AUGAAAUUAAUAAAGAAAGUAUCACCCCUUGGUCUAAUUGUUAAUGGUGCUAAUUCAUCCAAGAAAGGUACAAAAGAAGCAACAUCAAGUAAUAACAACAAAGCCUCGUUAUCGUCAUCAACAAAAAGAAUAGCUGGCUGUACGAAAAAAAAUCCAACAAAACCAACAACAACCAGUGUUGAAAGAACUAAAAAGCGUCCAAAUGACUCUUCAACAUUUAAUGAUGUUUCAGCUAAAAUUCGAAAAAAAAAUUAUGUUAACACUGGUGAAGAUGCAGUAGAGAUAUGUAAAUUUCAAGCGAUUCGAAGUGCAGCUGUUUUAAUUACUACCACAAUAGAUGAAACGUUAGCUAUAUUAGAUGAUACUGUUGAAGAAUUGAAAGAUUUUAAACGAAGAGUAGGUUAUACGCGGUUUGAUGUAAAAUUUGUGAUGAAAAUUGGCAUAAAAAAUCGAAUAAAAAAUUUAAUAACGUUAUUGAAACUAACAACAAUAACAACAAUAACAAACUCAAAUAACAAUAAAUACGACAACGGUCGAUGAUCAAAAUAUCGAUAGUCAAAAUUUAUACAAAUUAAUGUUAUCAUUACAUUCGAAAACAAGUUCCUAUGCAAAUCUUUCACCCAAACCUUUUCUGUUUACUCUAAUUGAAAAUAUAAGCAACAAUCUACAGAAACAAAAAAAUAACUAUCGGUUCAAUGACUGUGUUAAAAGAUUUUCCGUAUUAUUGUUCAUAUUAUGUGGUAGAAACGGAUAUAAUUUUAUAAAAUGCAAUCUAUUCUAUGCAUUACCAUCGAUAGUUACUAUUGCAGAAUUAAUUAGGCAACAAGAAAUAAAUUUAAAUGAAUGUUUUUUAGAUUCGAUCAAUUACGAGAACAUUUGAACUUAUUGAACACAUUUAAUAUGGUGUUCAGAAGAUUGCACGGGGGUUGUAUCAGAGGUAAACUAUCACACCAACACAAAUACAUUUAUUGGCUUUGUUUCUCCAUUAAAUAAUGGUAUACCUCACAGUCCGCAUUUUUCGCUAGAGCAGGCGGACAUUAACUUUAUAAGUGGACUGAAAUUAUCUGAACCUGAUUCUCUUUCCAAUGGAAUAGUUUUCCAGUUUCGACAAAGUUUUCCAGCGGGUUUUCCAGAGACCGGAUUUGUGGAAAACUCUUUGAAAAACAUUUUUAAACUGAAAAACCAUUCCAUUGCAUAGAGCAGCGUCGAUAACCUAUAGAAGCAGUUUUUUCAGACCUUUCACGGUUUCUCUCUUGAAGUUUGAAUUUUCAGCGGAAAGUUCUUCGUGUGAAUCCCAAAUCUAAGAAAUUUAUAGAAUUCAGAACGGAAGGACCGAAUUCAGAUGAAUUAUAUACCAUCCUUGCAGUUUUUCACGGUGAUUCCGAA